AGUAGUGGGGGGAAACAUGGCGGCCCGGUGGAGCAGCGAGAAUGUGGUGGUGGAGUUUAGAGACGCUCAGGCUACUGCGAUGUCAGUGGACUGUCUUGGGCACUAUGCUGUUCUUUCUGGGAGACGUUUCUUGUACGUCGUGAACCUGGAGGCACCGUCAGAGGCUCCUCGGAAAAUCAGUCGUCAGAGCAAGUGGGACGUCGGCACGGUGCAGUGGAAUCCGCACAAGAGCGAAGCUCACAUAUUUGCAGCAUCAAGUAAUCAGCGUGUGGACCUGUACGUAUGGCGUGAUGGAUGUGGAGAGUCUCACACGUCCCUUCAAGGCCACACACGGGUUAUAAGUGAUUUGGAUUGGUCGUGGUUUGAGCCAGAACUUCUCGUCACAAGUUCAGUAGACACCUAUAUCUACAUAUGGGACACAAGAGACACACGUAAGCCUACAGGAGCUCUAUCAGCAGUAGCCGGAGCAUCUCAGGUGAAGUGGAACAAAAAGAAUCAGCACUGUUUGGCUUCUAGUCACGACGGAGACGUCCGGAUCUGGGACAGACGGAAACCCAACACUGCUGUUGAAUACGUAGCCGCUCACCUAUCCAAGAUCCACGGCUUGGACUGGCAUCCGGAUAACGAGUACAUCCUGGCAACCUCCAGCCAGGACAACUCCGUCAGGUUCUGGGACUACAGACAACCUCGAAAAUACCUCAAUAUCUUGUCCUGCCAAGUUCCAGUUUGGAAGGCCAGAUACACGCCGUUUUCCAACGGUCUGGUGACGGUGAUGGUGCCUCAGCUCCGGCGAGAGAACAGCCUCCUGCUGUGGAGCACGCUGGACCUCAACAGCCCGGUUCAUGCCUUCGUAGGUCAUGACGACGUGGUGCUGGAAUUUCAGUGGAGACCUCAGAAAGAAGGAUCGAAGGACUGCCAGUUGGUCACAUGGUCCAGAGAUCAGACUCUUCGGAUAUGGAGGGUGGAUCCUCAGUUACAGAAGUUAUGCGCCAGCGACAUUGUGGAGGAGCUGAUGGAAGGCAUGACCCUCACAACAGAGUCUGAGAAGACACUCCGCUCCCAGGAACCUCCUCUGAGCCCCAGUCUAACGUCCGACGACCUGCAGGGUCAGUUUGAGGCAUCCAGUGGCAGGCAGGACCCCGCUGGCCUCGUCCAGACCCUGCAGCAAGAGUUCUCACUGGUCAACUUACAGAUCCGCAACGUCAACGUGGAGAUGGACGCUGUGAACCGCACCUGCUUCGUCUCGGCUCACUGUGGAGCGAAUCAGGUCAGGCUGGUGGUGAAAUUUCCCGCUCAGUAUCCAAACAACGCUGCACCGUCUUUCCAGUUUGUUCCUCCAACGACCAUCUCGUCCUCCAUGAAGACCAAGAUACAGAAGAUCUUGACGGAUACGUCGCUUCAGAAAGUAAAGAGGAACCAAAACUGCCUGGAGCCAUGCGUGAGGCAGCUGGUGUCCUGCCUCGAAUCAGACGCGGAGGACGGCACUAAUCCCCAUGUGUUCAGUAACUCUGUGAGUCCUGCUCUUCCUGCUUUCCCUCGUGUCACUAACACCUACGGCUCUUACCAGGACGCUAACAUCCCUUUCCCACGUACCUCAGGUGCUCGCUUCUGCGGAACAGGCUCUCUGGUUUAUUUCACUCGGCCCAUGUCCAUGCAUCGCACCGUCCCUCCUACAGAACCUACGCCCAGAUCCCUCUCAGCGUUGUCUGCGUACCACAGUGGCCUUAUGACUCCCAUGAAAAUGCGCAGCGAGUCUCAGUCCACGCUGCGGCUGUACAGCGGGAGUCCAACACGCACCGAUAAAGAACAAGUGUCCAUCUCCUCCUUCUACUACAAGGAACGGAAGCCUCUGUCUAUCCAUCGCCGCUGGUCUGUGCAGACUAUAGCUGACUGUCCGAAAUCACGCCGCUGGAAAGGGAAGCGAGAAGGAACCGACUACAGCAAUAAAACGCUCAAACUGGCCGGUAAAGUCAUCAUUCAGGAUAUUUCCUGUCUCCUUCCUAUUCACAAAGCCCUCGGUGAAGCCUACAUAUUAAAUAUGAACGACAUACGGGACACAUGUCAGAAGAACGCAGCCGCCGCUCUGACAGUAGGACGCAGAGAUUUAGCAAAGGUUUGGGCUUUGGCAUCCGCAGCGACCAGUCUGGACCUGUACCCUGACUCCGAUCCUGACACUGACACUCCUUGGGCUCGACACCCGUUUGGGCGACAGCUGCUAGAGACUUUGCUUGAACACUACAGUCAGAUGAGUGAUGUACAGACUCUGGCCAUGCUGUGCAGUGUGUUCAGGGGUCAGGGGAUCCCUCAGGACUAUUUCACACUGUACGGCCCACGCAGCUCAGGCUUCACCCUCCACCACUCACGCUAUCCCAGCUUCACUUCCAGCUCGGUCACAUCUGGUUCCUGCUCCAGUACCUCCGACUCCAUCAGCGCUCCGUGGAACAUGGCCGGACGUGACGCCGAACAAGCCCUACCGUGGGGCGAGUCGUCUCCAGACGAGGUUCGUUACGCUAACCAGGCCUACACGGAUCCCCGGGAACGAGAGAAAGAGCAACACGACAUGAACAAAAGAUUAUUAGACCCGGCGAACACCUUACAGUACGACGACUUCAAGAAGUGUUAUGGGGAGAUUCUGCACCGCUGGGGGCUGAAGGAGAAGAGGGCAGAAGUGCUGAAGUUUGUUUCCUGCCCCCCAGAACCACACAAGGGGAUCGAGUUCGGUGUGUACUGCUGCCACUGUCGGAGUCAAGCCCGAGGCACUCAGUGCGCCGUGUGCAAGCGCUUCACCUUCCAGUGCGCCAUCUGCCACGUGGCCGUCCGCGGCUCGUCCAACUUCUGCCUGAGCUGCGGUCACGGAGGCCACACCAGCCACAUGAUGGAGUGGUUCCGCUCGCAGGAAGUCUGUCCUACAGGCUGCGGCUGUCACUGUCUCCUCCAGAGCACUUUCUGAAGCCCCUCCUACCCGGACGCCGCCGAGGUCUCAGGGUGCGUCUCGAAAACCUCUCGGUACUGCAACAGAGCCUGGACCGUUAUUAUUUUUUUAAACAGCACUGAUACGGAUGACAGAUUUCCGCGCUGCUCUGAACAGAACCUUUCAUGAUCCGUAUGCAAGAAAACUAAACCUAGCGUUUACACCAGCCUUAUUAUCAGUAAUAAUCGCUCCUGAGAAAGGAAGUGCCAUGUCCCGCAAUCCCGCUGCAGGGCUUUUAUUUCUCUACGAUCUGUGACCACGAGGGUGUAGGUGGACCGAACGUGCCGCUGAGCCGGCGCUGAAAUGCGACGCGUCUGAUGCCCUGGUCUUGUCUUUUCCUUUGAGAAGAGGAGAGUUAAGAAGCUGUGCUCUUGUAUAAGGGAGUAGUGUUACAGGACGAAGCAGCAGCUGCAGAGUUUCUGCCCUGAAUGAAGAAAUAAAUUGGUUUAAAUAACUGCACCAUAUCCUGCAGAACAGUCAGUGUUUGUGUUCUCUCUCUCUCUCUCUCUCUCUCUCACUCUCUACCCUGUUUCUUUCUCUCUUCCCCUCUCCUUUCCUUUCCCUCUCUCUCAUCCCCUUGUCUUCUUCUCUCUCCCUUUCUCUCUCUUCCCUCUUUAUCUCUUCCCUUUCCUUUGUCUCUCUUGCACUCUCCUUCCCUCCCUCUCUCUUACUCUCUGUCCCCCCCUCUCUCUUUCUUUUUUUCCUCUCUUUCCCUCUCUCUUUCUCUCUAUUCCUUCUCUCUUUCUUUCUGUCCCCCUCUCUCGUUCCCUCUCUUUUUCUCUCUCUCCUCUCUCUCCUUCCCUCUCUCUUCCUCUCUCUUUCUGUCUCUUCCCUCUCUCCUUCCCUCUCUCUUUCUUGCUAUUUCCUCUCCCUUUCUCUCUGUCCCCCUCUCUCUCUUCCUCUCUCUAUUUUUCUCUCUUUUCCUCACUCUUUCUUUCUUUCCCUCUCACUUAGACACUCCACUUCUCCCAUCCCUCUCUCUCCCUCCCUCCCAUCCCUCUCUCUCUCUCCCAUCUCUCGCUCUCUCCCUCCCCCUUUCUCUACCCCCCCCACAGUAGUAAAUCAUGCGCAUGUUCUCCUCAAUGUCCACUCUCCACAUCUCCUUCAUGUCCACUGCUCUCAGGUCAGUGUGAAGGUUUUGGACAAUCUCUUGUCAGAAUGCUGAAAGUGUCUCAGACGAAUUCUAAAUAAAUAUUAAUAUCUGAGAUGAUUGUAACGAUAGAGUGAAUAAAAAACGAAUACUAACCUACUCCAUCGACCCACUGUCCAGUGGUGAUGGACUUUAUAGUCCUAAACAUCUUCAGUAUUUCCCUUCAUCUUUUUAUUCUUUGUCUAACUCAAGUACAGUUUCACGUUUUUGCAAACAGAAUGCAAAUGGAACGAGACCUCAAUUAUCAUUUUAAUAAAAAAGAAAUAAAGUUGUUGUUUUUUUUUCUACAAGUUAUGAUUACUGAAGAUUUUGAAUGGCGUACAAAAAUAUGUCCAGUGGUGUCCAGUGUUCCUGAAAUUAUGAUAGUGAGCAGAAAUAUCUCGAAAAACGUUUAUAGAAUUCAUCUAGAAUUGUAAAAUUAUUAUAAAUAUAUACAUUUAUAUGUACAGUGUUGCUUGAAAGUUACAGAAGACUUUUGGUUGAAUUCAUACUUUUGCACAAGUCAAAUUUUCAGUUUUUUUGAGAUAAACUACUUU